UGGAGAUCUUGAAUUAUCCAUUUGGAGAAGGGAUAUAGAUCUUGAAUUCAAUAACUAAUAGAUAGCAGGCUAUUGGAGACGCUGGUUAUAAAGCCAAUCGCGCUAACUGAACUGCCAGUGAAAUCUCAGCGGCGCGAUAACACAGCUGUGAGAAAUCCGAUGAAAUUAAAAUAACAGUAGUUUUUCGUUUAUUUAAUAGACUUGAUUUCAAUGAAUAUGGAAGGUGUAGACAAUGAAACGUUGAUUAAUCCACACUAUAACAAGUUCAACAUAGACGAAAAUCUCACCGGAUUAGGGGACAUGAAUACAUCUCAAAAUGGAACUUCGUUUGCUAAUGGAACCGAAGCGGAUUUCUACGUACCACCUGGAAUUGUCGUUCUUCUAUCAACGUUGUACGGCACAAUAUCAGUUAUAGCAUUUGUUGGUAACAGUCUUGUCAUCAUCGUAAUUUUUCGCAACAAACGCAUGCAGAGCGUCACGAACAUGUUCAUUUGUGAUAUGGCUAUCGCUGACGUUAUCAUCGCUAUAUUUGGAGUACCCUUUCAAUUCCAGGCAGCGUUGCUACAGCGUUGGGUCUUACCUCACAUUAUGUGUCCCGUAGCCCCGUUUGUCACAGCUCUGUCGGUGAACAUAAGUGUCUUUUCAUUGGCGGUGAUAGCAGUGGAUAGAUACCGAGCGGUCCUACAUCCCCUCAAACCCAAAUGCUCUAGCGUAACAUUCAGAGUUGUGACGAUUGUGCUGUGGGUCGUAGGAAUAGGCUCGGUCUUGCCGUACGCCAUCUUCUUUAGAAUCACAUAUAUUCAAGAGAAAAAUAGCUUGGAGUCAAAACCUUUUUGCAAGCCUUUCUGGCCCGAGAGUAUACCUUGGUUUCCUAAAUAUUAUCACAUAUACAUGAUUGUUGCCCAAUACGGGAUACCUCUCAUCAUAAUCAGCUUUGCAUACUUUAGAAUAGGAUGUCACAUAUUCUUGUCGAAGACACCUGGGUUUGCAGUGGACAGACGGGAUGAAAUCAUCAACAGAAAUAAGAAGAAGUUGAUUCUUUUAGAAAAUCAGGAAUUUAUAGAUGUUGGUAAAGCUGUAGGCGCAUACUUCUUUUGA